AGGGAUUAAAAAAUUUGAAAAAUGAAUGAACAAUUAAUAUCAAUUGAUAUUAACAUUAGUAAAUUAUUGGAUUGGUUAAUUAGCCGUCGACAUUGUUCAAAAGAUUGGCAAAAAAGUAUAUUAGAAAUUCGUGAAAAAAUUAAUAAUGCAAUUCAAGAUAUGCCUGUACAUGAUGGAAUUGUUAAAUUAUUAACAGGAACACAUAUUAAUUAUUUUCAUUGCUUGAAAAUUAUUGAAAUUUUAAAAGAAACUGAAGCUGAUAGUAAAAAUUUAUUUGGACGAUAUGGUUCACAACGUAUGAAAGAUUGGCAAGAGAUUGUACGACUCUAUGAAAGAGAUAGUAUUUAUUUAGCAGAAGCGUCACAAAUGUUGAUGCGAAAUAUUAGUUAUGAAAUACCAAGUAUUAAGAAACAAAUUGCAAAAUUAGAAGCAUUAAAAGUUGAAUGUAAUAAAAAAGAAUUGGAUUAUGCAAAAGCUGAAAAAAGUAUACAUAAUGUAUUUUCAACACAAUGUAAACAAUUAGGAAUAGCUGGAAAAAAUAUUAAACGUGAAUUAGUUGAUUUAUUAUCUGAGUUACCGAAAAUAUAUGAUACAGCUGCAGAUAGUGCGAAAUCGUUAAAGCCAGCCAUUGAAUUAUACGAAGCAUUCUUAGAAUUUACAACGAGUGUAGAAAAUCAACAGACACAUUUUCCUCUAUUAAGAUAUAUUAUAGAACAUGGCAAUACAACAAUAUACGAAUGGACAUAUGGGGAAGUACCAAUCACAAUUGAAGAACCCCCUUUAAAUAUCAGUUUUGAUGAUGAACCACUUCAAACGGAUAAUACGAUUGAUUUUGGUGAAAUAAGCAAUGAUACUAUCGAUUUUAACAAUAUCGAUGCCAGUACUAUUGAUUUUGGCGAUGUAGAUGGUGAAAUUGAUUGGGGUAUAUCAUCUGGUGGUGAUAAUAAUCAAGUAAUUGAUGAAAUUGAUUUCAAUAUAAAUUUAGAAGAAUCUGGUAUUGUUGUUGAAGAUGCUGGUAUUCAAGGAGGUGUCGCAGCUGGAAAUGAAGCGUACACAGUACUUGAUAAUCCUACAACCAGAGGACGGUACAUUGAUGAAUUAAUGGAGUUAGAAGCAUUUUUAAAGAUGCGAUUAUAUGAAUUGAGUAUUACAAAUUCAAUGGAUGCUUUGUCACAAUUACAAGCAACUGGAUCCGCAACUUUACAAUUACAAACUACUGAAUCCGUUACAGAUUUGUUGCUCUCUGUGCAAGGAGCUUUGGCUAGCGUAACAAAUAAUAGAAUUCAACAUUUGCAUAGUGUCAAACACUCUCCAAAAUAUGUAGAUUAUUUAGCGUAUUCGCUUAAACAAAAAUUGACAGCUGUAGAAAAAACAAAGGCAUCACAACAAGCGAUUAAAGCAAGGCGUGAGGAAGCUUCACAACAAAUAUUAAAUUUACAACCGGUUCUUUCUUUAGUAAUUGAUAAAACAAAGGAAUUACAAAAACAGGUUGAAGAUGAUAUUUCUAAGAGAUAUAAAAAUAGAGAAGUUAAUUUACUUGGUGGAGUGUUUUAGUUAACAAUAUUAAUAUGUAAAUUUUUUAUCA